AUGGGUAGAGUUGCGAUUGCUGGAGGAACUGGAGGUUUGGGGCGUUCCGUGACAGAGGAGAUCAGUGCUACUGGAAAACAUGACAUUUUCGUACUCUCACGAGGUCAGAAAUACGAUAUUUUUGGUAGUGAUUCAGGUAUCAAAAUUCUCUUGGUGGACUACAGCUCUCCCGAUAGCCUCGCGGAAAUCCUGGGUACAAAUAAUAUCGAUACCAUAAUUUCAACCAUGAGCAUCAUCAGUGAAGAACAGAGCCAAGCACAGUUGAAUCUCAUUGAUGCUGCGAUUCAAUCGCAAACUGUCAAACGAUUCGCGCCUAGCCAUUUUGGAAUCGAUUAUGAUGAAGCCAAGAAGCAUGUUGCAAUGCGUGAUUAUAAAUGUGCUGCAAUCUGUAAAUUAAAAUCAUCGCCUCUAUCUUUCACCAGCUACAUAUGCGGCUUCUUCCUCGAUUAUUAUGGGUACCCAUAUGCACCGACCUACCUUUCUCCAAUGCAUAUCGUAUUAGACAUGGAGAACGCCAAAGCGGCUAUCCCAGGAAAUGGAGAGGUACCAGUGGUCUUUACGCAUUCAAAAGACGUGGGAAAGUUCGUGGCAGCCAGCCUGGAGCUAAGGGAAUGGCCUGAAAAGGCAUUUAUGGUCGGGGAUAAGGUCACGCUAAAUGAGCUGUUGAGACAGGCAGAACAUGCAACAGGCAAGCGCUUUGACGUCAGCUACGAUCCUAUUGGAAAGCUAAAACAAUACAAAGUCACUGAGCUUCCGGCAAAUAUACCUCGUUAUGCAUUUUUUCCAAAGCAGAAUAUGGAUGGGAUGUUGGCAAUGAUGGGCUUGGGGAUGGCCGAAGGCUGGUUUAAUUUCCCACAAAAGACAUUGAAUGACCUUUGCACUGAGGUACACCCAACUUCGAUAGAGGCCUUUCUCAACAAAUACUGGAAAACAAAUCAAGUUAGAUGA